AUGUCUGUGGAAGAAGUGACUAAGAAAACGGAAACUUUGUCUGUUGGUGAAAGUCGCAAGACGGUUCUUUCUGAUGAUAAAGAAUUUGACCUAAAGCACCCGUUAAACUCAAAAUGGACGUUAUGGUAUACUAAACCUGCAAUUGCAGAUAAUGAAUCUUGGUCCGAUUUGUUGCGUCCAGUUACUUCUUUUACAACCGUCGAAGAGUUUUGGGCAGUUCAAAAUGCGAUUCCGAAACCACGUGAGCUACCUUUGAAAUCAGACUAUCAUUUAUUCCGUAAUGAUAUUAGACCGGAGUGGGAAGAUGAUGCUAAUUCCAAUGGUGGUAAAUGGUCUUUCCAAUUUAGAGGACGUAUUCCCCAAAUAGAUGAUUUAUGGUUGAGAGCAUUGUUAGCCGUUAUUGGUGAAUCCAUUGACGAAGAUGAAUCAGAAAUCAACGGUGUAGUUAUUAAUGUUAGACGGUCUGGUUACAAGAUUGGGUUGUGGACCAGAUCUACUAGACAAGCUCCAUUGUCUAAAGUGGGUGCAAAGUUCAAAGCUGUACUACAGUUGGAGGAAACCGAUAAAUUGGAGUUUUUUGCCCACUCUUCUGCUAACGAUAAAAACGCUAAACCAACUCUUGUUUUGUAA